GGAACCUGAAAAGGACGAUGCAUAAAUAUCAUCAAUGGCGAAUUCCCUUCAAACACGUACGUAUCGAUAAUUUACUGCUAAAUUUUCGCUAAAUCUGACCAAUGCCUGAAGGAGUUUGGGCAGCGAACUCCAACCCCCAAUAAUGGCUGCCAUUCCCUUCGCUGCUCCCGCGCGAUUCUCCUCCACCCCAAAAGCCCUAACACAUUUCAAAUCCGCCAAAUUGAAGUGUAAGAUCGCGAAUCGUUCGAAUUUCCAGAGGAUUUCUUUCCGACUCAGCAGUACCAAGGCCAACGCGUACGUGUCGGGGCCUGCUUUCGACGCGAUAGUGAGCGAGGAUGCUCCGAAAAUCGACGGCGCGGAGAUUGUGGAGCUGGAGCCGCUGGACGUGAUUAGCUGGGGCUUGCUGUGGAGACUAAUUUCGAGACAUAAAUUGAGAGUGUUGGCCUCUGUUCUUACCCUCGUUGGCUGCACUUCUUGCACUCUCGCCAUGCCUAUCUAUUCUGGGAGGUUUUUCGAAGUGCUUAUCGGGGCAAGACCGGAAGCGAUCUGGCAAUUGCUGAGUAAAGUGGGGAUUCUCUAUUCAUUGGAGCCCAUUUUCACGAUCAUCUUCGUCGUAAACAUGAAUGGCAUAUGGGAGAAGGUUAUGUCGAGCUUAAGAGCUCAAAUAUUUCAGCGAGUUUUGAUUCAGAAGGUGGAAUUUUUUGACAGGUAUAAGGUUGGCGAGCUAACGGCGCUGAUAACAACCGAUUUGGGAUCGCUGAAGAACAUUGUCAGUGAGAAUAUAUCGAGAGACCGUGGCUUACGAGCAAUUUCCGAGGUCGUCGGGACGCUGUGCUUGCUUUUCGCUCUUUCUGCGCAGCUUGCGCCGGUUUUGGGGCUUCUCAUGCUUUCAGUGUCGGUACUCGUUGCUAUCUAUAAAAGAACGACGGUGACUGCCUUUAAAGCUCACGGAUCUGCUCAAGCCUCGAUCGCUGAUUGUGUUACCGAAACUUUCGCUGCGAUACGUACUGUUCGAUCAUUCGGGGGAGAGAAACGACAAAUGUCACUCUUCGGUAGACAGGUUCUUGAGUACGAGAAUAGUGGCGUAACGCUCGGUGUAUUCAAGUCCAUCAACGAAUCCGUCACGAGGAUUGCCGUUUACGUUUCUUUGAUGGCGCUGUAUUGCCUCGGAGGAAGCAAAGUGAAAGCGGGCGAGCUCGCAGUAGGAACCAUGGUUUCUUUCAUCGGAUACACUUUCACAUUGACCUUCGCCGUUCAAGGGGUUGUGAACACGUUCGGGGAUCUUCGCGGAGCCUUCGCUGCUACCGAAAGAAUCAAUUCCAUUUUAGCCGGUGCCGAAAUUGACGAAGCAUUGGCUCAUGCUCUCGAAAAAGACUUGAAGCGGAGAAGAAUUCCCGAUCGAAAUCUCGACGAUCUUUUGGUCAAUGGCUCCAACGGGAACUCGCAAAACCGCGGCACGGGUUAUAUGUCUUCGUUAAAAUCCGCCAGCGAUGUUCGCAGCCUCGCGCAGUCGGGUGAUAUUCGCCUCGAAGACGUUCAUUUCGCGUAUCCGUUAAGGCCCGAUAUCGAAGUCUUGCAAGGUCUCGACCUGACUUUAAAAUGCGGAACCGUUACCGCUCUCGUUGGCUCGAGCGGUGCGGGCAAGAGCACGGUUGUGCAGCUUUUAGCUCGUUUCUACGAGCCAACGAAGGGUCGAAUUACAGUCGCGGGAGAGGAUUUACGAUCGUUCGAUAAGAGCGAAUGGGCGAGAGUCGUAUCCAUUGUCAAUCAGGAGCCUGUUUUGUUCUCGGUUUCGGUUGGAGAAAACAUCGCCUACGGCCUCCCCGAUGAGUUCGUUUCGAGAGAUGCUGUGAUCGAAGCGGCGAAAGCAGCGAAUGCACACGAAUUCGUAAUCGGAUUGCCACAGGGGUACGACACUUUAGUCGGCGAGCGCGGAGGUUUGUUAAGCGGAGGACAGAAGCAGAGAAUCGCGAUCGCGAGGGCGCUGCUGAAGAAUGCUCCGAUCUUGAUUCUCGAUGAGGCGACAAGUGCUUUGGACACGGUGAGUGAACGUCUCGUCCAGGACGCACUCAAUCGAUUAAUGACGGGAAGAACGACGUUGGUGAUCGCUCAUCGAUUGAGUACUGUUCAGAACGCCGAUCAAAUCGCACUCUGCUCGGAAGGGAAGGUUUCGGAGCUCGGGACGCACUCGGAGCUGUUGGAGAAGAAGGGUUCGUACGCUUCUCUCGUUGGGACUCAACGACUCGCGUUCGAGUGAGGAUUUCUACGAUCACUAUGUAAGAAGAUUAACAUCGUAGUAAUCAAGCGGGCGGCGACUACGCGUCCGAAAACGCGAUCACAGCGUUCAAAACGGCAAGGCACUCGGUAGGAAGGCCGAGGAACGUGUCC